UUGAAAUCUUUCCACUGGAGAUCGCUGAACCAGAGGCAUAACUGCAAUAAUGAUUCUUGUGAGAAAUGCAAGCGAGCUCUUGAGGUUAAAAAGGUGGCGGACAGAUUUGAAGUAAUUAGAGCUGCAAAACAAGUACUCCAAGAAAGCCGGAGUAACGAGAAGACCGAAGACGAAGAAAGUGACGAGUUUGGAGAGAGCUUGGAAAAAAUCAAACGGGAAGAUUUUGCAGGAGUAUGGCGCUCGCACUGAACGCGUGAACUGUGGUUCAGAAAUCCAAGACCCCAGCUGCGCAGGAUGUCAGCCGUGUUCUCACAGGUGAUAUUUGUAAGUGGGAUCAACUGGUGCUAAGUGAAAUGUCUGCAGGUGUAUAUAAGGGGCGUGCUUUUAAUAACAAAUCGCGCAGUUCAACUCCUAAACCUAACGAAGGGGAUUUGGGGAUGGAAAGAGAAAGGCGCAUUAGCCUUACUUGUGCCUCUAAACUUAAAUUUAUACGCGAGUAUUUGGAUGAUGAGCCUGACUGCGAGUCCGAGGAGAUAACUUCAGCUGAUCUAGCUCCCAGGUCUCAGACAGACAUCGUGUUCACUCUUCCCUGUUCGUAUGAGCGACGAUUUGUUCGACCCAAGCCUCUAAAUCCAAGAAUUGUACUUCUAGACAUGGUAGGUAAGGAAAUCGAUGAAAAGCCGACAACCAGUUUUGAGAAGGGAGGCAGAAUAACAUUCCUCAGAAAGUUUAUUACUGUCAAGUCCUUAGUUCGAAGAUUAAAUAGCACAGAAUCCGACAGCUGGAGUGAG